AUGAAGCCGCAUUAUCUAAUUCAAUAUACUAAGGGAGAAGUCCAGAUGCUGAUGAAAAGUUGUUUAACUAUGAAGGAUGGAUUCCAGCAUGCAAAGAAAAUGCUGGAAGACAAGUAUGGAAGGCCAUACAUCAUCGCAGCUGCCUACAUAAAAAGGAUUGACGAAGCUGAGCCACUAAAGGCAGAGGAUUCAAAUGGUCUGAGGGAAUUCUCAGCCAAUCUGGCUGGGUGCAUUAACAUCCUAAAAGAAAUAGGAUGUUCUUCAAAAUUGGAAUCUCCAGAAAAUAUGCGUAAAAUUAUCAGCAAGCUGCCAUUCAGACUACGGCUCGCAUGGAAGGACUCCGUGGACCGCAUUAUUCAGAAAGAAAAAAGGGACGUCAACAUAAACGAUAUGUCGGAAUUCAUUGCAGAUAAAGCAAGGGCAACUACACAUCCAGUAUUUGGUGUCGUAGAAGGAAGCAACAAACCAAAACAGCAGGGGCAGAAGGGAGCUGUUUAUGCUCAACAAGGAAAACCCAACUCUGCACCUAACUCACCAACCUGUCCUCUAUGCUCGCAUGGCCAUUUCCUGCCGAGAUGUGAAACGUUCAAGAAAAUGUCCUUAGGUGGUCGCUUGAAUGUGAUAAAGGAAAAAAGGUUAUGUAGAAACUGCCUGACACCAGGACAUUUCGCUUCAACUUGCUCUAAAAACAGUUUCUGCAAGCUUUUUUCAGACAAGCAUUCAACAUUUUUACAUCCGACUAAAUCAGCGACUACACCAGCCAAUGCUGCAGUAAAAUCGCCCGAAGCAAAAGACAAGCUGAAUAUGGCAGCAGAUGUCAAAGGAUCAAGAAUAGGGCUAGCAGUAGUGCCUCUUCAGCAAGAGUGUCGUCACUUAUGCAUUUCUAGACAACGGGUCCAACACUACCUUUUGUACCGAUGA